CCCCCCCCCCCCGUGUCUGCUUGUGGCGCUCCCCACCAUGUGCCUUGCGAAUCCCACCCACUUGAGGCCCGGGUGGGGAGCCAGGCACGUCGUGGUAGGCCAGGAACACAGUACUGAGGGCAGGGUGGGCGUCCUCUGCCGCCUGCCAGACCUGGAGCUGUGUGGUUCUCAAACUCCUUCCUGCCUCCAGCCCCGGCACAGCAGGGGUUUGGGUGGUGGUGAGGCCCCCCAGGAGACCUGGAUAUAUAGGCAUGGGGGUUCGUGAACGGAACUCUCCAGCAUUUCCCGGGGCCAACUGCCGGCCCAGGCCAAGGUAGGGACUGGGGCAUGUCAGGUUCGCUGCGCAUGCUCACAGCUUCAGCCGUUCUCACCUCCUGACGUGUGCUGUUCCCACUCCCACCCGUGCAUGUCUGUCAGAGCCAGUUGAGGGUCCUGAGGAAUCCUCUGUUACCCCAGAUCAUGGAUACAGGCCCCUGCCAGCCUGUGCCCUGCAGUGUUUACCCAGCGGUGGCUUCAGAGCAGGCCUGUCUUGGGCACUGUGGGCUCAACAAUGACAGGCCAGAGGACCGCACACGUAUGAACGAGCUCCUUGCCCGGGGAUCCAGGCCGAGGGGCACCUGUUGGCAGUGGGGCAGCCUGACUGAGGCUGGGCAGAGUCCUUUUGCCGGGGGCUCCCGGAUGGGAGGGAGCCAGGUGUGAGGACAGGCCUUGCUGGGGGAAGCAGGUGCUGUGGAGGGUUAUGGAUAGUGUGAGUCGAUCAGGUGGCAAAGGUUGCUUGCGUUUCUGAGCCAAGGGCCAGCUGAUGUCACCUAGGGCUGCCGAGCACAGGCAGAGAGGCUCCUGGAGGGGUAGCCCCCGGCACGGAGCCUGCGGACUCCAGUGGUGGCCCUGCUCCUCUCUGGACCCCACAGCGGCCUGUUCUCUAGGCAGGAACACCAAGGCUGGCUGAGGCAUGCGACUGUCGGGUGGCAGGGCCAGAGCGGCCCCUCAGGGUGGACUGAAGGCAGCGUGGCUUCCCCUACCUGACAUGUUAAGGGGGUCUCCAUCCUGCCUGGUGCCUGGCCCCUUACCUGCGGCGGGGCCCACACGGCCUGAGGGUCAGCACGCCCACCUGGUGGGCCCGGCCUGACUGUGGCUGGGAGGGUGUGGCAGCACCGUCGGUUUAGGAAGCUCCUUCCCGAGCCCCAUGGCCUUGCCCACACGCCUGGCACCACGCCUGGCACCGGCUGGAAGUCCCACCCUCGGUGUCUGAGACUCAGAGGCGGCCCCUGCUGGCCAUUUCCCUACCAGCAGGGCGAUGGAACUGCCAUCCACAGGACCUGUGCCCUGUUGGUACUGUGGCUGGGCCACAUCGGGGGACACACAGGUCUAGGCUGAGUCUGGGGUAGAGUCAGAUGCUGACUGCUGGAAUUCUCCGUCAGGCGCCUUCAUGCCGGACACUGGCCGCCUCAACACUGUGGGCUCAGCACGGGCAGGGGGCCCAGCAGGGCCUCCCAGUGUUGUGCAGACAAAUGCUGCCCUGAGAUCAGGCUGCGGAGGGCAUGGAGAGGAACUCAGCGCUGGGGGGCCGUGUGGGUGGAAAGACCCCUGGGCACCGUGCCUGGGAAGCCCCCCUGAGCUUUGCCCCCAACUGCCCCCUGGGACCCGAAGUGUGUGGUCAGCUCAGAGAUGGGGUUGGAAUGUGCGGGUGGGCUGAGCCAGGAGGAGGCAUCCUGCAGGACCCCCUCCCACCGGGCCUAUUUCUGGCCCCCGCAGGACCAGGAGGAGCUGAGAGCAGUCCCUGGAGCUGUCCCUGGUUGGUGCAGGGCCGCUAGGAGCUGUGAGCACUGUCCUAGGACUGGGCCUGGUUGGUAUAAGACCAUUAGGAGCUCUGAGCAGCGUCUUGGGCCUUUCCCUCGUUGUGCUGCCCUGAAUAUGUGACCUUGAGCAAGGCAAGCCUCUGUUCUCUAGGCCUCAGUUUCCCUGCUUAUACAGUAUGGGGGGAGCUUUCUUCGUGUCCCCGUCAAGCAGCUGAGAGGGAGACUCGCAAGUGGAAGCCGUUUCUGGGGGCCUCAGUGGGGGGGUUAUAGACGCUGCAGCCCGGAGCCUGUCAGGGUCUGCAGCUCUUUGAAGAGGCUGAGGCAUUUUGGGUUUUCUGCCCAAAAUGGCUCCCGGAAGUUCCAGCCGUCCCCCACACUCUCUGUGUCCCUGUUGUGCUUCCAGUCUUGGAUCUGUACGUCCUAGACCCUGUUGUCCCUCUUGGUGGGGGAGGUACAGAUCUGUCCCAAGGUAUAAUGGGGGAAAAUAGCGUCCCCAGGAGGCCAUGCCGUGUCUCACAGUCACACUGCCAGGCAGUGGUACUCCAAAUCGAACCCUGGCCUCUCUGCGCUUGGCUCUUGCCCUGUGCCCAAGUGAUAGGUUUGGGGUUGGGGUCUGAGGUGUUCAGGGUAGUGCCAACCAUGCAAUGCUCCCCACUGCCCCUGUGUCGAGCCCCCUCACCUCUGUUUCUGGGCACGUGGGACCACUUGGUAGUCACCGUGGUGUCUGUGCCCAGGUGGCUUUGGAAAGCCAUUUGUGCACGGGAGCCUGGCACCACCAGCAGCUGCUCUGCUCCCUGGGGAGCCACGUCUUCCUCUGAAUGUGGGGGCUCCAUGCCAGGGACUGAUCACACCCCCCUUGCAGACUGCUGUGCACACAGCGGGCACUCCGUCUCUGGAGUGGAAGUCACAGUUAAGGGGACGAAGUCCGGGUCAGACAGGCCAGAGAUUUGCCCUGUGUAGAUGGGGGUGAGCCCGUGCCCCCUGAGACCUCACGCUGGCUGUUGCGUGUGUGGAACACCCUCGCAGCCCAGCACACUCCCUCCCUCUUCUCCUUCAAGCCUUUGCUCAGAUGUCGCCUCCCACCGAGCAGCCGUAAUGUGCUGGCUUUUCUCCAGUCACACUUAGCAUCUUUUAACGGUGCAUGGACUCACUUGUAGGUUUAUUAUUCUCUAGGCUGUACACUCCAAGAGGGCAGGGACUUUGUCUUGCUCAUUCACCAGUGUGUCACAAGCACCUAGAACAGUGGCUUGGUCGUGGUAGGCACUCAGAGAGUUGUCUGGGGAACAUUUAUGUUGUCUGAAGACCUAGGGUGUGCCCAGCACUGUCUGUUGGGGUGAGCAUGUCAGUGCCGAGCACACAGUAGGUCUCUGACAGCAGCAGCCAUGAGCACCACUGUGGGGCUUAUCAUUGCUUCUCCCUCCUCCCGGGUUUGGGCCCAGUGAGUCCUCAGAGGUCUGUCUGUGUCGCACGGUUGAACAGCACCCCCAAGCCCUGCUGCCGGGCCUGCCUCGCUGCACCUGGAGCCAUGAGUGAGGCCCGCAGAGACAGCACGAGCAGUCUGCAGCGCAAGAAGCCACCCUGGCUAAAGCUGGACAUCCCAGCCGUGGUGCCCCCGGCCACAGAGGAGCCCAGCUUCCUGCAGCCCCUGAGGCGCCAGGCUUUCCUGCGGAGUGUGAGUAUGCCGGCCGAGACAGCCCGCGUCCCUUCGCCCCACCCCGAGCCCCGGCGGCCAGUGCUGCAGCGGCAGACGUCCAUCACACAGACCAUUCGCAGGGGGACAGCUGACUGGUUUGGAGUGAGCAAGGACAGUGACAGCACCCAGAAGUGGCAGCGCAAGAGCAUCCGUCACUGCAGCCAGCGCUAUGGGAAGCUGAAGCCCCAAGUCAUCCGGGAACUGGACCUGCCCAGCCAGGACAACGUGUCACUGACCAGCACUGAGACGCCACCCCCACUGUAUGUGGGGCCGUGCCAGCUGGGCAUGCAGAAGAUUAUAGACCCCCUGGCCCGCGGCCGGGCCUUCAGGGUGGCCGAUGAUGCUGUGGAUGGCCUGAGUGCCCCGCACACUCCCGUCACGCCAGGUGCCGCCUCCCUCUGCUCCUUCUCCAGCUCCCGCUCAGGUUUCAACCGGCUCCCGCGGCGGCGCAAGCGCGAGUCGGUGGCCAAGAUGAGCUUCCGGGCGGCAGCGGCCCUGGUGAAGGGCCGCUCUGUCAGGGAUGGCACACUGCGCCGGGUGCAGCGCCGAAGCUUCACUCCUGCCAGCUUUCUGGAGGAAGACACAGCCGACUUCCCCGAUGAGCUGGAUACAUCCUUCUUUGCCCGGGAAGGUAUCCUCCAUGAGGAGCUGUCCACAUACCCGGACGAAGUUUUUGAGUCGCCGUCGGAGGCCGCGCUCAAGGACUGGGAGAAAGCCCCGGAGCAGGCGGACCUCACCGGCGGGGCCCUAGACCGCAGCGAGCUUGAGCGCAGCCACCUGAUGCUGCCCCUGGAGCGUGGCUGGCGGAAGCAGAAGGAGGGCGCCGCGGCCCCACAGCCCAAGGUGCGGCUUCGGCAGGAGGUGGUGAGCACCACCGGGCCGCGACGGGGCCAGCGCAUCGCCGUGCCGGUGCGCAAGCUUUUCGCCAGGGAGAAGCGGCCGUACGGGCUGGGCAUGGUGGGACGGCUCACCAACCGCACCUACCGCAAGCGCAUAGACAGCUACGUCAAGCGGCAGAUCGAGGACAUGGAUGACCACAGGCCCUUCUUCACCUACUGGCUCACCUUCGUGCACUCGCUCGUCACCAUUCUAGCCGUGUGCAUCUAUGGCAUCGCGCCUGUGGGCUUCUCACAGCAUGAGACCGUGGACUCGGUGCUGCGGAACCGCGGGGUCUACGAGAACGUCAAGUACGUGCAGCAGGAGAACUUCUGGAUCGGGCCCAGCUCGGAGGCUCUCAUUCAUCUGGGCGCCAAGUUCUCGCCCUGCAUGCGCCAGGAUCCGCAGGUGCACAGCUUCAUCCACGCGGCGCGCGAGCGCGAAAAGCACUCAGCCUGCUGCGUGCGCAACGACAGGUCGGGCUGCGUGCAGACGUCGGAGGAGGAGUGCUCGUCCACCCUGGCAGUGUGGGUGAAGUGGCCCAUCCAUCCCAGUGCCCCAGACCUGGCAGGCCACAAGAGGCAGUUUGGCUCCGUCUGCCACCAGGACCCCAGGGUGUGUGAUGAACCCUCAUCCGAAGACCCCCAUGAGUGGCCAGAAGACAUCACCAAGUGGCCGAUCUGCACCAAAAACAGUGCUGGGAACCACACCAACCAUCCCCACAUGGACUGUGUCAUAACAGGCCGGCCCUGCUGCAUCGGCACCAAGGGCAGGUGUGAGAUCACCUCCCGCGAGUACUGUGACUUCAUGAGGGGCUACUUCCACGAGGAGGCCACACUGUGCUCCCAGGUGCACUGCAUGGAUGACGUGUGUGGCCUCCUGCCUUUCCUCAACCCUGAGGUGCCUGACCAGUUCUACCGCCUGUGGCUGUCCCUCUUCCUGCACGCCGGGAUCCUGCACUGCCUGGUAUCCGUCUGCUUCCAGAUGACCGUCCUGCGGGACCUGGAGAAGCUGGCAGGCUGGCACCGCAUAGCCAUCAUCUACCUGCUGAGUGGUGUCACCGGCAACCUGGCCAGUGCCAUCUUCUUGCCAUACCGGGCAGAGGUGGGCCCUGCCGGCUCGCAGUUUGGCAUCCUGGCCUGCCUCUUCGUGGAGCUCUUCCAGAGCUGGCAGAUCCUGGCUCGGCCCUGGCGCGCCUUCUUCAAGCUGCUGGCCGUGGUGCUCUUCCUCUUCGCCUUUGGGCUGCUGCCCUGGAUUGACAACUUCGCCCACAUCUCGGGCUUCGUCAGUGGCCUCUUCCUCUCCUUUGCCUUCCUGCCCUACAUCAGCUUUGGCAAGUUUGACCUGUACCGCAAGCGCUGCCAGAUCAUCGUCUUUCAGGUGGUCUUCCUGGGCCUCCUAGCUGGCCUGGUGGUCCUCUUCUACUUCUAUCCUGUCCGCUGUGAGUGGUGUGAAUUCCUGACCUGCAUCCCCUUCACGGACAAGUUCUGUGAGAAGUACGAGCUGGAUGCUCAGCUCCACUGAGCUGGCUGCCGGCACUGGCGGCCACGUGCUUCAGGCCGGAGCCAGACCGACAGGAUCAUCCUUAGCUUCACAGGCCCAUGGGAUGCACCUGGUUCCUGAACACAGACCUGUUGUGCCUUAUUCACGUCUGCUGAACCCUUCAUACUGCCGGGCAUUUAUUACACUACUUCCUGUGAUAAUCUUCUAACCAGUCUCCUGACGACCACCUCGUGUGGCCAAUAAAUGGACUUGGGAGCGUUUUAGCUGCCACUAACUUGA